CGUGUCGGAUAUAUUUUUUUAAGCGUGCGUAAGAUACGCGUAAAACUUAGUAAUUCAUUUUGUUUUUUUUUUUUAGUAAUCAAUGUUAUUUUCAACGUUAAAUCACGGACCAAAAAUGACUAAAUUAUUUACUUUGAGUAUUUUGCAAACGAUGAUACUAAGUUAUGCAUUGGCUCAGUACCAAUCAAGUUGUUCAUCAAGUUAUGGUGAAAAUGUUGCAUGCAUUUCAAUACGUCAGUGUCCACAAAUACUGAACCUACUUCAAAUGCAUCCUCUUACACCAGAAGUUAUACGUUUACUACAAAAAUUGCAAUGCGGUUUCGAAAACAAUAAUCCCCUAGUCUGUUGUUCCGAUUCCAAUACAUCGAUUCGAGGUGAUGGAAAUAAUUUCACACCAUUUCAGAAUUCUGCCUCACAAAAUUCGUAUGAAAACACUGACAAUGCAAAUCCACAGUACGACUUUUCUAACAAUCCCUUACUUCCCACCGAUUGCGGCAAAGAUCUAUCUCAAAGAAUUGUCGGUGGAGAAUUUACAGAACUCGACGAAUUUCCAUGGAUGGCACUGUUGGAAUACAGUAAACCAAACGGAAAAUCUACGGCCUGCGGUGGAGUUCUUAUUAGUCGACGUUAUGUCCUAACGGCAGCUCAUUGCGUUAAAGGCAAAGAUUUGCCAAGUACGUGGCGUCUACAAAGUGUUCGUUUAGGCGAAUAUGACACCGAUACCAAUCCUGAUUGCAUUCAGGACAGUGAAAGUAGCAAAAUUUGCGCAGACGAUCCUGUAACGUAUGGGGUUGAAGAGCAAAUUGCCCAUGAAAACUACCGGCCACUGUCGAGAGAUCAAAAAUACGAUAUUGCUCUCCUAAGAUUAUCUCGAGAUGUUACGUUCACCAAUUAUAUAAAAGCUAUUUGUUUGCCACCGACUGCAUUUCUUAGACAAAAGUUGUUUGCUGCUGGUUGGGGAAAAACGGAAAAUGGUACAUCGUCGAACAUAAAGCUGAAGGUUUCUUUGCCUCUCGUUGAUAAAAAGCAAUGCCAAUCGACUUACGAGAAAGCAGGACUAUCGCUUGGCUACGGUCAAAUUUGUGCUGGUGGAGAAAAAGACAAAGAUUCGUGUAGAGGGGAUUCAGGCGGACCUUUGAUGACUGUAGAAAAAAACCGUGAUGGAACCGGUAGAUGGAUUGCCGUUGGAGUUGUAUCCUUUGGACCGUCACCUUGCGGUAAGGUUGGAUGGCCUGGCAUUUAUACCAGAGUAAUUGAUUUUGUACCUUGGAUACUCAGUAAACUGAAACCUUGUAGUAAUAUAGAAAUACCGUACAUUUCCGGACUUAUUUCAAGAAAAAUACAAAAAGGAACUCUCAAUACUAGCUGUGGAGUCGACAUGAUCAGCAUUUUUUUUUUGCUUGUGCUUGAUAUCCUAUUUGGGAUUAGUGCGCAAGAUAGAUGUAACAUAUCACAGAAUAAAGUUGGCGUUUGUAUAAGUAUACUGAACUGUCAACCACUGAUAAACAUUCUUAAACAAAGGCCAUUAUCAGAAGAAUCUCUUAAAUACUUAAACAGUUUACAAUGUGGUUUUCAAGGUACAAAUCCCAAAGUGUGCUGCGAACAAAAUUCAGAAACAUCUACAAUCACAAACAGCAAUCUGAAUCCGGUAGUUACAAGAGUUAGUCCGCCGGACGUCACAAAUCACCCGAAUUUACAAUUAGUGAAUGAGGAUUUGUGUGGCCCAGUAACGCAACAAAAGAUAUAUGGUGGUAACAAAACUGGCAUAUUUGACUAUCCAUGGAUGGCAUUACUCUCUUAUGACAUCGAGAAUCAACGUCGAGAAUUCCGAUGUGGAGGAUCGCUAAUCAACAGACGAUACGUACUCACUGCCGCUCAUUGUGUUAUGUCAUUACCGACUAAUAUCAAAUUAAUCGGAGUACGACUCGGGGAGCAUAAUUUAAGCACUGAACGCGAUUGUGACAAAGAUGCCAACGGACUCGAACUCGCUUGCGCUCCGAGAUAUCAAGAUUUCGGUAUAGAGAGUACGCACUUCCAUCCAAAGUACUCAAACUUCCAAAAUGAUAUUGCUUUGCUACGAUUGAACGGGGACGCAGAUUUUGUACAAAAUGUUCGUCCAAUUUGCUUACCAAUCGGAUCAUCUAAUAUUUUGAAUCAAACAAAAGUAACAGUGACGGGAUGGGGUAUAACAGAAAAGAAUAUUCCUAGCCAGAGCUUGUUACAAGUUCAAUUAUCACUAGUAAAUACAGAAGAAUGCUUAGAAGUGUAUAAAAGAAAAGUACAAAUUUCGUACAAGCAAAUAUGCGCGGGUGGUAAGGACAAGAAGGAUUCUUGUGGCGGAGAUAGCGGUGGACCACUUCAAGCUCCAGGAAUAUAUAAUCAAAAUCUAAAAUACAUUCAAUAUGGAAUUGUUAGCUUCGGACCUCGUAUCUGCGCUACAGAAAAAUUACCUGGCGUUUAUACUAACAUUGUGUAUUACAUGGACUGGAUUUUAAAUACUAUUAAAGCAUAAAAUAACAGCUGGCAUUAAAGCAGU